UAAUUCAGAGAAGCAUCAAAAUGUAUUCCGAAAUAUGAUUGUGUAAACUGAAUCUGCAGAAAGAAGAGAGGACAUGGGAGCCGUGAUGAAACUCAAGUGCCAGAGAUGCAGCUAUCCUACAGUUUUCCAGUCAAUCGGGAUCACCUCACCAAACGCCCUACAAAGUUUUCUCUACGAUCUGACAUCCCUCAACUGAAAAGCAACUGCCCGAGUCCCACAAACUCAGUCAGGAUCAACAAAAUGUCCGCCACCACAACCAAGGUCUCCAACUUCUCCGAUCUAAUCCAACGCGUCACCGCCAACUGCUUACUCAACCCCCUCGGCUCCAUCCGCCACGCCGACGAUGCCACUGUUCUUCACUCCCCCGACGACUCCGACGACGACAACUUCAAAACUCAGGAAGAUGAAGAACAAGACGUGGACGAAGAAGACGAUGACCGCUACGAUGUGGGUGACGGAGGAGAUUCGCUGAAGAAUUGGGAUGUGAAAAGGAACAACAGCAAAGGGGACCGAAAUUGUGGCCCGAGAAAUGAGAGAGUUAUCCAGAUGGAAAUGCUGAUUGGCGAAGUGUUCGAGGCGGCUUCCGCGAUGAAGCGGGCGUACGUUAGCCUGCAGGAGGCGCACUGCCCCUGGGAUCCGGAUAAAAUGCGCGUUGCGGACGUGGCUGUGGUUGCUGAGCUGCGGAGGAUCGGGGUGUUGAGGGAGAGAUUCAGGAGGAGUCUUGGGAAUACUGGAGGAGGGAGAGGGGGGUGGAAAGUAGGGGCGGCGACGCUGAGGGAGGUGGUGGCGCCGUACGAGGCGGCGUUGGAGGAGUUGAAGAGGGAAGUGAAGGCUAAGGAUGUGGAGAUUGAGAACUUGAGAGAGAAGUUUAAAACGGCGUCGUCGCUGAGCGGCAGUGGCAGCGGUGUAAGGAAAGGCAGCAAGUCAAAGAGAAAAGUCAGCUGUAGUAGUCAAGUUGCAGGCCUGGCACCGUCACCGGCGCCGGAGAUAUUUGAAUCGACAAUGAGCUCAGUAAAGGAAGCUGCUAAAUCAUUCACGGCAAUGCUCCUUUCCCUGAUGCGUUCAGCUCAUUGGGACAUCACAGCCGCUGUGAGAUCCAUCGAAGCUGCUUCUUUCUCCAGCAAUGCCUCCCCGACUACACCCACCCCCACCACCUUUCCGGACUCCAUAGUCGGAGCCAACCACGCUAAGUACGCUUUAGAAUCCUAUGUUAACCGGAAAAUGUUUCAGGGGUUCGACCACGAGACCUUUUACAUGGACGGCAGCCUCUCCUCAUUGAUCCAUCCCGACCAGCACCGUCGCGAUUGCUUCACUCAGUACCGCGACAUGAAAGCCAUGGACCCAAUUGAACUGUUAGGGAUACUUCCGACUUGCAGCUUCGGGAACUUCUGUUUCAAGAAGUAUUUGGCAAUUGUUCAUCCCAAAAUGGAGGAAUCGUUAUUCGGGGACUUGGAGCAGCGCCGCCUAGUUUUGGCCGGAAACCACCCCAGGAGUCAAUUUUAUGGGGAGUUUUUGGGCCUUGCUAAGGCAGUUUGGCUGCUACAUUUGCUGGCAUUUUCGAUGGACCCACCGCCAAGUCAUUUUGAGGCGGCUAAGGGAGCUGAUUUCCAUCCGCAGUAUAUGGACAGUGUGGCGAGGGUUCCAGGUGGUGGACGAAUGGGUGCGGGCGUGCCUCAGGUGGUGGGCUUUCCGGUGAGCCCCGGGUUUAAACUUGGAAAUGGGUCGCUAAUUAAAGCCAGGGUAUACGUCGUUCCCAAGAACGGGUAUUGAAUUUGUACUACUAUUUAGCCUAGUUAAAACUUAGAAGACAUGGACGAGGUCGAGCUCUGAGGUGCUUCGGUUAUGGGAGUUUUCUUCGCUAUAGUAGAUUCAAGUCUUCAGUCAGUAGAUUUGUUUAAGGAUGCAUAAUUCCUCUGUAUCUUAAGAGUAUUAAUCACUCUGUUGUAAGAUUGAUGAAGCUGUAGCGUUUAGCACUUGAAUGUUUCUUAUUUGUUCGCUCGA